AUGGCCCUUGGAUUUUGCGGCCAUGGCCCAUCGUGCAGAUGGUUAGUUGGAUCGAGAAUGACAAUCUGGAAUGUGCUGUUUGUUCUGCUCCAGUUGAUUAUUUAUAAAAGUCGAUCAGAAGUAACGAUGUACAAUGACUUCGGUCUGACGCCAAUUGAUCCGGAAAUCGUCGACAUCGUUGAUUGGAAGCGUCACGCGUGUCGGAGAACAUGCAAGGAUAAUGAGGCGCCUCUGGACUGCUAUUACACCUUCAAACUGGAGAAUUAUCAGACAAUGAGCAAAGCGUGUUACGAUUGUCCCUUCAAUAUCACAGACUGCUUUCGACCUCAUUGCAUUCCAGCGGAUGGCGUGAACCGAUCUAUCAUGGUUGUGAACCGGCAAAUGCCAGGUCCGCCUAUCGAGGUGUGCCAAGGCGAUAGGAUAAUAGUCGAUAUGAUUAACUUGUUGGUCGCGGAGAGCACUACGAUGCACUGGCACGGCCAGCAUCAUAUCGACACGCCAUAUAUGGACGGUGUACCCUACGUAUCGCAAUGCCCUAUCCCUCCUGGAGCAACCUUCCAAUACAAUUACAUCGCCACCGAAGCUGGCACACACUUCUGGCAUUCUCAUACAGGAUUUCAAAGAGGUGAUGGCGUGUUCGGUCCGUUAAUCGUUCGUGUACCUCCCAAAAUGAACUGGCACAAGGAUUUAUAUGAUUACGAUGAGCAUACACUAAUAGUCGCUGAUUGGGUUCAUGAAUUGGGUCUCACCAAGUUCUUGGCGCAUUACCACGCUGACGGUCACAAUAAAGCGCCGAAUUUACUCAUAAACGGUCUAGGCCGUUUUGUGGCCCAAGAUAAUAAGGAUCCCCUCUUUCCGAAAUCAGUGAAGAACUCCUUUUCGUUUACAGAUCAGAAAACUGAUAUGCCUAUUACGACAUUCGUCGUAAAACCGAAGUUUCGAUAUAGAUUCAGACUUAUUAAUGCAGAGUUCCUAAAUUGCCCUAUAGAAGUUUCUGUCGACAACCAUACCUUGUACGUAAUCAGUUCAGAUGGGCGUGAUAUUGCAUCAGUAGAAGCCGAAUCGCUGGUAAGUUACGCCGGGGAAAGAUUUGAUUUUAUAAUUAACAUGGACCAACCGGUGGAUAAUUACUGGAUGAGAUUUCGAGGACUGAUGGAUUGCGAUGAAAGAUUUUUGAGCGCCUAUCAAGUCGCAAAAUUGCAAUACGAGGGCGCACCCGAUAAAGAACCAACAGAAAACGUUUCAUAUGAUCGUGUAAGAAAUAACGCCCUUGGACUGCAAGUAAACGCCUUAAACGAAGGAACUGAGUCAAACAAUAGCAUUAGUAUGCCAAUGUUGGACGCGAUGGACGACGAUGAUGUUUCAAACACCAGAAAUCCUGAUUAUCAAUUUUACAUAUCUUAUGAUUUUUACAAGAAAGAUAAUCCAUAUUUUCAUCGCAAGAAUUUGUAUGAUUUCCGUCAAGUGAAACAACAGGUGUUUACACCGCAAUUGAAUCACAUAUCAAUGAAGCUACCGUCGUUUCCACUCCUGCCCGAAAGACAUCUUAUUAAGCCGAAUCAAUUUUGUAACUCCAGCACGGUCGGGGAAUGCGAGAAUGAUUACUGCGCUUGCACUCAUGUGCUUCAGGUUAAAACUAAUAGCGUAGUGGAACUAGUUCUUGUCGAUGAAGGUGUUCCGUAUGAUGCAAAUCAUCCGUUUCACCUUCACGGCUAUCAGUUCCGCGUAGUGGCUAUGGAAAGGAUAGGACAUAAUACUACCGCCGAUGAAGUGAGAGAAUUAGAUAAGCAAGGUUUGAUACACAGGAAACUCAAACGGGCACCUUUGAAGGAUACGGUCACCGUGCCUGACGGUGGUUAUACUAUUGUGCGAUUUUACGCUAAUAAUCCAGGAUAUUGGCUGUUCCACUGCCACAUCGAGUUUCACGUGGAAAUAGGAAUGUCACUGAUCUUCAAGGUGGGCGAAGACGAGGAAAUGCCACCUGUGCCUAAUGAUUUUCCUAAAUGCGGCGACUGGAAAUUGAUGACCAAGGCGCCAAUGUUAGCGGUAAAUUCGACAAUGUUGGCGACAAAUUCGACAAUAAUCGAAUACAAACAGUCAAAAGACAACGAUCUCGAGAACAUGAUGAAGCAGUUCUCGGAAUACAUGGCGUAUUUUAAGCAGUUCUUGUCAUUACAUACAUCCUCGGCAUCUAGUCCGAAUAUAACACUGCUGCUUUUUAUCGCUUGUCUUUUAAGCUCUGUGAUUCGCGUGCAAAUGUUUUAGGAUAUAUCUAUGCAAAUAGUUUUGAAGUAUUGAAGUCACAUUACAGAAGACUUCUACUGCAGAUUUAAUUCAGUAUGGUCACGAAUUUGCUGGCGAAUGUUUUCUUCUCUUUCGUUUUAUUUUGAACAAAUAUAUGACAAUCACUGCACGUAAUAAACGUAAAAACGUGAUCAUAAAUAAAUUAAAAUGAUCGUGUGCCGAUAA